AUGGGUAUUAUCAUGAACCCGCAAAGUUUAGUUCGAGCAUUUGCAUCCGCGCCAAAACAAGUCUUCCAAGAUAAAGACGGCUGGAUUGAUAUCUCAUACAUAACACCUCGACUAAUUGCCGCUGCUGGCCCGACAGACAAUGUGUUGGUUGGAAUUUACAGAUCUCCACUUCGGCGCCUUGUUUCCCACCUCGAUCGGAAUCAUUCGAAGGAAGGGGAGCGAUAUUGGCACAUUUGGAAUCUACGCGCAGAAGGACCAGGAUAUUCUGUUGGCUCAGAGGAUAUGAUCAACUGGACUUUUCUUCAGUUUCCAGAUCAUCAGCCACCAAGCUUGAACAUGCUAGAGCAAAUAGUGAGCCAAAUCUACCAAUUUCUACAGCGAAACCCAAAGAAUGUUGCAUUGAUUCAUUGCAAAGAGGGCAAAGGACGCACUGGAACGAUUUGCACAGCAUACUUGAUGUUAGAGGCAAAAAUGGCUGGCAAGACGAUAUCAGCACACGAGGCCGGAGAAGUGUUUACACGAAAUCGUAUGCGAGCUGGGUUUGGUCGUGGAGUUUCUACGCUUUGCCAAAUCCGAUAUCUUGAUUAUUGGAGUAGGGUGCUACAAAUGAACGAGACUGAACGAGCGAAUUUUGACCUCUUUCAGGACACUAAACAGAUGGAAUGUGAUAGCCAUUCCUCCAAGAUCACAAAACUUCUAAUCGUUGGACCUAGUCCUCUCUUGGCGCUUCAUAGAAUCAAACUCUCCACAUAUCUAGAGCGCCUUGAUGAUCCGAAUGCGGUUGAAAUCGCUGACGUUCGAACUACUAUAUCACACACAAUUUCGGUAAGUAGUGUAUGCGAGAUAUGCUUGGAUCGGAAUAUUCCACUGGAUAUGAAGGAGCUCAAGCUUUCGUUCGAAGGUCCCUAUUCAUUGGCUUAUACAUGGUUCAACAUAUUCCUUGAAGGUUGCGGGAAGAGUAAUUUUGAGAAGGGGAGCAAUGAAAGCCACGACUUUAAAUUUUCUAUUCCAUGGACUGACUUUGACGGCUUUCUAGGGGUACAGGGUGGAACACCUAAGCAAUUAUUUGAUCGUGUAGAAGUUCACUGGAACCUCAGGAUAUAA